AGCGGAAUUGGUUCGCUGCGUCGGUCUCGUUCGUUGCAUUCUACCAACAAAGGAAAUUUGGAAGAUAUGUGACAAGGACACGAGAACGUGAUCCCUGAAUUAAGCUGUGAUAUGGCAAGGCCUCUCCGUAUUCCAUGUACUGAACCAUUGCCGGUGUUUCCGUCUGAUGGGAAACCUUACGUGAUUCACGUCAUCAUUAAGCCUGAGGAAGGUGACCAGGAAUGUCUGCUACUCAAACAAAAAGCGGAACAAUUGAAGAAAUGUUUAAUGAUUGAUCAGCUUCUCUCCGAAGGAAAUAGGCAAGGAACAGAUUUAGAGAAAACUGUAUGGAAGAAGCUCUUGAUGCUCGAGUUUUCGUCUUAUCCUAGGGACAAAAUUAGUAAAAUAUUAGCCAGGGAUGUCGAAUACAACGGCUCAAAGUAUUGCUUUCUAGGAUUUUCAAAGUCACAGUUAAAAGAAAAGAAAUGCUUUCUAAUCGCCGAAAACGACAUGCAAAUCCGUGAAAGAAGAGCAAAGUUUGGCAACUUAAGCAAGGAUAUCUUGUUUGCUGAACGCGUAGCUAAGGUUCAAGACAUGUUUGAACCAUACGAACUAAGCUUGGAAUUAGCCGAGGGCGAGUUUAAAUUCGAAACCAAAGAUGAGAAUCCUGAAGAAAGUAGUUUUAUGGCGCCUGAACUUGCCAAAAAAAUCAAUGAAAUAGCGACACUCAAUCUAAGUAAUGAUCCCAGCGUUGUUGAAGUUAUUUGUCCAGGAUUUGCAGGUAAACUUCUAUUGUCUGACGAAAUUCUUGCCAGAACGACGGGUGACGAACAUCCCCACUUAAAGGCCCUUUUCAAAACUUCUGCAACAACCAAGGAUCACGGCAACGCACUCACACUUUGUAUUGUUGACUAUUCCAAACCAUUUGAGGUUGGCUACCUGGAUAUUUUCACUGUGAUGCUUCUGCAUUGCCAAGGUGUAGAAAGUCAAUAUCUACUGGAACUUCAAAGAGAACAUCAUAACCUUCUAAAAACACUGGAAACCGAUUUGACCUCUGCGAAGUACUUCCUUCGUGUGAAAGGAAGAAAGGAACUUUUAGCCCAAAUAGACAACGGAAUGACGCUUGAAGCACGGGGAAAGAUUUCCGAAAUAAAGGAGGAGGAAAUUAGAAAAAUGCAAGAGUGCAAAGAUAGCCCGGAAGAGAUGAAAAUCCUCGUGAGUGAGUCGCGCGAAGUUUUGGGAGUUGUCGAUCCAGAUAAUCAGCUUCAAUGCGAUGAGUGCUUCUUUGCUCCUAACUUGGAUUGCUUGCUGUCCUAUGAAAAAGAACGUUUUGAAUCGGCAAAACAGGUUCUUGUUAUUCCGCAACCGUGCUACUCUGCGUCAGAUAUCCAAAGGUUCAAUCUUUGUCGCCGAAUUGGAGCCAACGAGAAAUUGAAAGACUGCAUUAUUUUGCCGUCGCAAACCGAAAAGCGAUUUAUCUCCAGGAAAUACAUUGUUUGCUGGGAUUAUCGCCUAGUGCAACGAUUCCAUUCAUCCGCCUGGAAUUUUUCCGAGAUUCCGAGUCAAGUUUCAAAGUUUUUCCUUGGCGUCUUUCAAUGUUCGAAUGUGAAAUCUUUCUUGUUGAGUGGUCGUUCUGAAGACACAGAAGUUAUGGUCAGCGCCGAAGCUGAAACAAGUGAAGGAAAAACGCCGCCCAUGACUGUUCUUGAACCGCCAGAAGAUGCAUCGUUUCAGAAGGAGCUGAAGAAGCAUUUCGCUGAAUUUAAAAGCAGCGAUGACUUGAUUUCAAGAGCAAAGUCACUUUUCAAAAAGUUUGCACUUCUCGAAGGAUCGACGUCAUGUUCAGUUUGUAAGCAACUCGGAAAGUAUUUAUCUCCGAGUUUUGACUGGAAUGCUAAUAGAGAGAAGAUCGACAGACAUUUGGAAGAUCUCGAAAACAAAUGCGAGAACCCGCAUUCCCAGAUGGAGAAAAGCAAAGAAUCUGCAGAGGAAGAUCUGAAAGGACUACGUACAGCCAUGAUUAAAAAUCUGAACGAUUUUAUUACGGUCACAACCGGAGGGCAGCGUUAAAACGGUGUUUCUUCUCAAACACUCAAGUAAGAUUCCGAUUUUAUUGAUGAAAUGUUGUGACAAACCUCAUAAGAAGUUUUCGAAUAUUAUAAAAGUGCUACAUGCCUGCGUACGCUGCUGCUCUUGUAAUAGUCGUUCAGGAAGACGCUGCAAAAACCAUCUUGCUCUGCUUUCUAACCCUCGACGAAAGUCAAUUUAUUUUAGAGGCCUGCAAAUGGUCUACGAAUAUAGCAUGUUUUUGGCCAUCAAAUUCCCCAAUCAGUAAGUGCACAGCAGGUCCUUUAUAAAAAAAAUAAUCUGAGGCUGGAGGACAUUUUUUUAGGAAUAUCUGAAAAUAAUCUACAUUCUGUUGAGGCCGCCGCUUGUAUCAGCCAGUUAAACUCACCAUCAAUAUCAAAGAAGUAGUAGUACUUACCCAGCGAGCAUCAAUCUCCUCUUCUAAAGUGUGCAAUUGACACUUUCAAUUCAAGAUUACAGACGUUACGAUUGUAAUUAAGUGUGUAAAAAUUAGGCCUCUAUAGAAAAAAUUCUGACACAAGCUUUUUGGAGUAUGCAUUUCGCCCAUUUUCGAAGGCUGACGAGUAUCAUUCUAUUUCCUGUCAAAAUUGUCCCCAAACAACCCUUAAGUCAAGAUUACGCAUUGAAAAGUUUGUGAAGUUACUUCGUAUUUUUCCCGUGCUUUACAUUUUCCUUUUCUACAUAGCGUUAUUGCAAAGGCUUGAAUGAAGUCACCAUAUCAGCUUUCAUAGUAUGUAGAAAUAAAAUUUUGCGAUAGCUUUA